GCCUUUAGGAAGAUCUGUAAAGAAGAGGUGCAAAGCGGGAAGUACCAUCAAGGACACAUGGGAACAAUGCAGUAGCAACGGAGACAGGGCCUGUUGGAGGGAAGACUGGGGGAGGGGAACAGACGCAGGACGCCGGAGGGAAAACCCAGCCAAACAACCAGCCGGAUUCAUAGGGGCGGGGCCAACCGCUACGCAUGCGCACAGCGGCCCCAGGUGACCGCCGUGGCGGAAGCGAAGCCACCUAGAGCCUCUGCGCCUCGCCGGCGACUGCUGCUGCGCGUGCGCAGGCGGCCCCGUGCCGGAGUCUUCCUCUGUGCCCAGUCCGCCGCUGCUCUGCUUGGGUUGGAGCCCCGCGCUCCUUCCGCGGCUCACCGGCGGGCGCGUGCCCUCCUCGCGCCCGCGCCCUUCUCGCGCCCCGGGCCAGCGAGCCCGGGGAGGAGGUCGGCAGGGGCUGUUGAUCUCCGCCUGUGGACUGCGUGGGGCGGCCAUGUCGGCCGGCGAGGUGGAGCGCCUGGUGUCGGAGCUGAGCGGCGGGACCGGCGGCGACGAGGAGGAGGAGUGGCUCUAUGGCGGCCCAUGGGACGUGCAUGUGCACAGUGAUUUGGCAAAGGACCUAGAUGAAAAUGAAGUUGAAAGGCCAGAAGAAGAAAACGCCAGUGCUAAUCCUCCAUCUGGAAUUGAAGAUGAAACUGCUGAAAAUGGUGUACCAAAACCGAAAGUGACCGAGACUGAAGAUGAUAGUGAUAGUGACAGUGAUGAUGAUGAGGAUGACGUCCAUGUCACUAUCGGAGACAUUAAAACAGGAGCGCCACAGUAUGGGAGUUACGGUACAGCACCUGUAAACCUUAACAUCAAGACAGGGGGAAGAGUUUAUGGAACUACAGGAACAAAAGUCAAAGGUGUAGACCUUGAUGCACCUGGAAGCAUUAAUGGAGUUCCACUGUUGGAGGUAGAUUUGGAUUCUUUUGAAGAUAAACCAUGGCGUAAACCUGGUGCUGAUCUUUCUGAUUAUUUUAAUUACGGGUUUAAUGAAGAUACCUGGAAAGCUUACUGUGAAAAACAAAAAAGGAUACGAAUGGGACUUGAAGUUAUACCAGUUACUUCUACUACAAAUAAAAUUACGGCCGAAGACUGUACUAUGGAAGUUACACCAGGUGCAGAGAUGCAAGAUGGCAGAUUCAAUCUUUUUAAGGUACAACAGGGGAGAACUGGAAAUUCAGAGAAAGAAGCAGCACUUCCUUCCACAAAAGCUGAGUUUACUUCUCCUCCAUCCUUGUUCAAAACUGGACUUCCACCAAGCAGAAACAGCACCUCUUCUCAGUCUCAGACAAGUACUGCCUCCAGAAAAGCCAAUUCCAGCGUUGGGAAGUGGCAGGAUCGAUAUGGGAGGGCCGAAUCACCUGAUCUAAGGAGAUUACCUGGAGCAAUUGAUGUUAUCGGACAAACUAUAACUAUUAGCCGAGUAGAAGGAAGACGACGGGCAAAUGAAAACAGCAACAUACAGGUCCUUUCUGAAAGAUCAGCUACUGAAGUAGACAACAAUUUUAGCAAACCGCCUCCAUUUUUCCCUCCAGGAGCUCCUCCCACCCACCUCCCACCUCCUCCAUUUCUUCCGCCUCCUCCAACUGUCAGUACUGCUCCACCUCUGAUCCCACCGCCAGGUAUCCCAAUAACUGUACCACCUCCAGGUUUUCCUCCUCCACCAGGUGCCCCACCGCCAUCUCUUAUACCGACAAUAGAAAGUGGACAUUCCUCUGGUUAUGAUAGUCGUUCUGCACGUGCAUUUCCAUACGGCAAUGUUGCCUUUCCUCAUCUUACUGGUUCUGCUCCUUCAUGGCCAAGUCUUGUGGACACCACCAAGCAGUGGGACUACUAUGCAAGAAGAGAGAAAGACCGAGACCGAGACAGAGAGCGAGAUCGGGAUCGGGAUCGGGAUCGGGACAGAGAAAGAGAACGCACCAGGGAGAGAGAGAGGGAGCGCGAUCACAGUCCCACGCCAAGUGUUUUCAACAGUGACGAGGAGCGAUACAGAUACAGGGAGUACGCGGAGAGAGGCUAUGAGCGUCACCGAGCAAGUCGGGAGAAGGAAGAGCGGCACAGGGAGAGGCGGCACAGGGAGAAGGAGGAGAGCAGGCACAAGUCGUCGCGCAGUAAUAGUAGACGUCGCCAUGAAAGUGAAGAAGGAGACAGUCACAGGAGACACAAGCACAAAAAGUCUAAAAGAAGCAAAGAAGGAAAAGAAGCCGGCAGUGAGCCCGCCCCCGAGCAGGAGAGUGCUGACGCUGCACCUGCGGAGUAGGCAGCUUCUGCCUUCUGUGUGUACUGGUACCAGAAAUAGAUACUAUAAAUUUCAUUAUUUUUCUGGAUAAUGUUUAAGAAAUGUACCUUUAAUCUUGUUCUAUUAGUAUGAAAAGUUAACUUUUUUUCCAAAAUAAAAGUGAAUUUUUCAUGUUAAGUUAAAAAAUCUUCAUUUUUUAAUAUUUAAAAAAUAAAACAACAGCAUUAACUUUAUAUCAAAGAAAGUGACGUGAAUGAGUCACUUAGCAGGGGUUUAGGAGAGCUGUGUUUGUCUGUGUACAUACAUGGGAUCUGAUGAAGGUCAAGGACCUCUUGGCCAGGUUUUGUUCGUUUUUUUUUUUUUGUUGUUGUUAAACACCAGUCUCAUAAGAAGUCACACUGCAAAGGGCAUCACAGGCGCCCUCUCUGAGCUACGAGAUUGAAACUGGUCUUUCUUACUACUGCUAUGGCACUCUUGUUUAAUGUAUUAAAAAACUACACAUUUUUGAUACUACAAUAUUUGAUAGCAGAUUUUCAGUGUUUUAAAUUUGGGUCCAUGGUAAAACUCAGUAGGGCACUUUUAUAUCAAAUCAGUACAGUCUGUAAGGCAUUUGGGUGACCUCUGAAGUGCCCUGUGUGCAGUUGCAGGCGGACAGCUCUGUGACACGAACUGCCUCAUGGCCGUAAGUCUGAGCCAGGAUCCAGCUCAUUUGACCUUUCUUGAUGUGUUUUCCCAGGCACACUGAUAGAGGAGCAUGUGGAGUUUUUAUGUAGUUACUGACUAUAUUGUGAAUAAAAGUAAAUGUCAUGA